UAAUACCAUCAGUGCAACAGGUGCUGCGCCUAUGGCCAUGAAUGAUGAUACAAUAUUGAACGGUGAUUCCACAAUAUUUUCAGAAACUGUGCAGUAUUUUGUUGAAUAACUGACGAGACGACACUACUGAUUGGCUAUCGGUGCGCCGUGCAAUUUUGGUCCGUGCAAUUUCGAUCAUUACAUGUUCAUACAGCGAACUCUUCGAUCUGAUCAAACGGAUCCCUGCCAAAGCAGUGCCAGUUUGAACAUUAAGAUUGAGAGACUGGUUGGCUUGCCAUGUUGCAGGCGACAGAAAUCAAAGUUGUAGCCAUUUUCAUCCUUCUGGGCGCAGCUUUGCUCUUUGGGCUUGCCCCAGUAUGUCUGUUCUCCAAGUCCUCCAUGACAGACCCCAAGCACCGAGCACGACUGAGACGCGUCGUGGGCUGGCUCAACGCGUUUGCCGGUGGGGUCUUCAUGGGAAUCGCGCUGAUUCACCUCCUCCCGGAGGCUCGUAGACUCUUGAUAGAUGCAUUCAAGAUGCAAAACAUGAUGUAUCAUUUCAACUGGGCCGAGUUGAUUGCAGCAUGUGGGUUCUUCUUGAUCGUCUUCGUUGAGCAGAUUGUUUACCUGUGUCAGGAAAGACUAGGUAACAAUGAUGAAGCAUCAGAAGAAGUUGCCUUCGCCGACAAGGAUCGCAGUCCCAGUGAUAAAACAUACACCAAUGAAACAUCUCCAAAAUCGAAGUCUGACGUUAAGUCAGCAGCAGCGGAGCCUGACAUCGAUGAUGCGGGGGACAAGACGGCGUUAACCCCGGCUAGCUCCACCGAGGAUGAUCCGAUGAACCUCCCCGUACGCCUCACCACACUCCGGGCUGUCAUUCUCCUCAUAUCCCUCUCUCUUCACUCCAUCUUCGAAGGCCUUGCCAUCGGACUACAACUCACUCGUAAAGAUGUCAUUGAUAUCUUCAUCGCUAUUGCUCUACACAAAGGCAUAGAGGCAUUUACCAUCUCAAUCAGCUUUGCUCAGACCUACGCUAGCCACACGGCCAAGACCGUCUACUGCGUCGCCUUCGCCUUGAUGUCACCACUAGGCGUAGCCAUCGGAAUACCCAUAGCCAUGUCCACUCGUAACCAACAGAAAGCUGUGCCUGGAUCAAGCCUCAUGAUCAAUGCCAUUCUACAGGCUUUGGCUACCGGUACUUUCAUGUUUGUCACUUUCAUUGAGAUUCUACCCCAUGAACUGAACUCCAAGAAAGACGGCUUGCUCAAAUUUGUCUCAAUCGUGGCUGGUUUUGCCGCCAUUUCGGCACUCAAUGCUAUCGAACAUGACAUGUAAAGGCGAAAAUUCAACUUCACAAUUGACUUCGUUAUUUUUGGCAUCCAUUCCUGAACCGAUGAGCAUUCCUGAAUUUACAACUAAUUGUUUUCAUUUCAGAAAAUAGAAAAAUCCAAGAAAAUUUCAUCUAAAGCCGCUCGCCGUCAUUUAACAAUUUUCAACAUGUGUUAUACAUAUUUCCUCAUCACUUAUAAAAAAAAGGCACCGAAUACUGUACAAAAUAAAUAAAUUUAUGACCUUAAAAUGUUGUAAAUAUCAUUAGGUAUGUAGCAAAAGCUUCCAACCAAAGAAAGUAUAUACAACAUGUACCAUAAGUAGCGUUAUAAAUUUUGCCAAUCUCAUAACAAAUAAAGAUAUUUUUCCGGCUUUCAUAUUUAAUUCAAUUCUUUUGCGUUCUUUUAUUCAAUUGAGCCAUAAGACAGCGUAGUAGUUAUUAACUAUAUUAAAAUAGGCUUUACUGUUCUAAAUUAACGAAAUUUUGUUCAGUUUGUUUUUCGAGAUGACUCCGAUACUU